AUGAGACUAAUCUUCCACGGACAGGUUAUGUUUGAUUCUGACCCUCUCCAUCGCCGCAAGUCCUCUGUCGUCCUUUCCGAGCAGCCCGACGUGGACAUACCAUUAAGGCGCCGGUCGCAGCGAAUGAAAUCGCAAUGCCUGGUCCACAAUAUGGUAGAGAAGACAUCUCUCGGCCAACAGCCCAAGGUUGAGUCGAAGCUGGAACAGAUUGACGAGGUUGAUCACGGGAUGCCAUCCGGUGCUAGAAAUGGAGAUAAGCAUUCCGCAGAUGAGCUGCGGGCAACAGAGUCACGACUCCUCACAAAGAAACAACUAAGCGAAAUGGCGCUUAGUGUAAGAUCUCUGGCAAAGAGAUUGUCGAAUCUCAAGGUCAAGCUCAAGAUCCGCUCGAUUUUCCUGCUCACCAAAGUGUACGACAAGACUCUGAUCGUCAAGACGAGAGAUGUGGCUCGGUGGCUGCUGUCUAAGGAUCGGUCGGUGCCGUACAUCGUCUACGUGGAAAAUACGAUGGAAGACAGCAAGGACUUUGACGCCCAGGGCUUGAUCGCCGAGGAGCCCUCGUACAAAGACCGACUGAAGUACUGGACCGUCGACCUGGCGCGAAAGCACCCGCAGACAUUCGACUUUGUGAUCACGCUGGGCGGCGAUGGCACAGUGCUGUAUGCGAGCUGGCUGUUUCAGCGGGUGGUACCGCCGGUGCUGUCCUUUUCACUGGGUUCGCUGGGAUUUCUGACCAAAUUCGACUUUGGGGAUUACCAGAAGACACUUUCCCAGGCGCUCAAGGACGGUGUCACAAUUAGUCUACGGUUGCGAUUCGAGGGCACCGUCAUGCGAUGCUAUAGAAGAGACGAUGACGCCGAGGUCCGAGAUAUCGUGGAGGAGCUGAUUGGCGAAGAAGUGGACGACCGAAACACCCAUAAGCCUGAUGGGACAUUCGAGAUCCUGAAUGAUAUUGUCGUCGAUCGAGGGCCGAACCCGACCAUGUCGACGAUCGAACUCUUCGGCGACGAGGAACAUCUGACCACUGUCCAGGCCGACGGCAUCUGCGUGGCCACUCCCACUGGCUCCACUGCCUAUAACCUUGCUGCUGGCGGCUCCUUGUGUCAUCCUGAAAACCCGGUUAUCCUUAUCACGGCGAUCUGCGCGCACACUCUUUCAUUCAGACCGAUUAUCCUUCCAGACACAAUUGUGCUGAGGCUGGGAGUGCCCUAUGACGCUAGAACCAACUGUUGGGCUAGUUUUGACGGGCGCGAGAGGAUCGAAUUAUAUCCAGGCGAUUAUGUGACAAUCUCGGCCUCAAGAUAUCCCUUCGCAAAUGUGUUGCCACCCGGUCGAAGAAGCGAAGACUGGGUCAACAGUAUCUCGAGAACGCUCCAGUGGAACUCCAGACAACGACAAAAGGCGUUCCAAACAUGGGAUACCGAUGCGGAGGAUUCGAAGACUCAAUCGAAAGACGUGCAGAAAAAUUAG